AGAAAAGCAAUGACAAACCUAGACAGCAUCUUAAAAAGCAGAGACAUCACCUUGCCUACAAAGGUCCGUAUAGUUAAAGCUAUGGUUUUCCCGGUAGUGAUGUAUGGAAGUGAGAGCUGGACCAUAAAGAAGGCUGAUCGCCGAAGAAUUGAUGCUUUUGAAUUAUGGUGCUGGAGGAGACUCUUGAGAGUCCCAUGGACUGCAAGAAGAUCAAACCUAUCCAUUCUUAAGGAAAUCAGCCCUGAGUGCUCCCUGGAAGGACAGAUCGUGAAGCUGAGGCUCCAAUACUUUGGCCACCUCAUGAGAAGAGAAGAAUCUUUGGAAAAGACCUUGAUGUUGGGAAAGAUGGAGGGCACUAGGAGAAGGGGACGACAGAGGACGAGAUGGUUGGACAGUGUUCUCGAAGCUACGAACAUGAGUUUGACCAAACUGCGGGAGGCAGUGGAAGACAGGAGUGCCUGGCGUGCUAUGGUCCAUGGCGUCACGAAGAGUCGGACACGACUAAACGACUAAACAACAACAACACCCUUUCUGGACAUACACUCUCCACUUUCUCUUCUUCUUGGAGGGCAAUAAGCAUGUUUCACUGGAUUUUAGCAGAAGUGAAAUGAUGAUCAAGCUCACGUUUUAUACAUUGUCUCUCCCCACCUCUUUAUAUUGGAAAUAUGCACAUCUCUUCAAGUACUAGUGCUUAUAUACAAAAACAUGCAGGUGGGCUCUGUCUAGGAGGCUACUGCCUCCCAAAAAGUUGCUGUUGAUAUCUAGGGGUUGAUAUCUUGAGAGCAGCAUAUUGUAGCCUCAGGAAGUUGCAGUGGAUGCAAGGAGUAGGAGGAAAUCAGAGAGGCCAUUUUGCGCCAUCCACUUGAAAAAGGGUGCCUUUGGAUCCAAGUGUGUGAUUUUAGGGGUGGGAACCAUGUUGCAAUAGUUUCUUCUCAUAAUUCCGUCAGCUCUGGCAGCACACUAGUCAUCUGCUAAAAGGCAUUUGUUACCUGGAAAGAACUUCCACACUCUGUUGGAACUGUGACAUCAUUAAAGGUGUGUGUCUGCUUUUACUGGUCAUGAGUUUUCAAGUGUUCUGUUGCUGCCUCGGGUCAUUUCUGUUGCUUUAUACAGAUGGCAUGGCUUUCAUUUACUAAUUACAAGUUCUUCUCCUGUUUAUUGUCACAGACAGACAUUAAUACCCAUAAUUUUGUUGUUCUUCCUAGGUCUGUUGUGUUAGGGGUCCGAUUUGUCACAUGUAUAAGAAAUCUUUGUAUCAUCUAUGCCUCCAGAAAUGUAUUGGACUGCCCAUUUAUCCUUGUUGAUUUUUAGAUUGGUAUAAAUUGUUGUGCCCAUGUUACUUCAGAGAGUCAGAUCAGCUAGGUGAGUGAGAAGCAGGUGGAAGCAGGCUUAUUUUGGUAUAGAAAUAUAAAGGCUUUGCGCUAGACAGAACUGUGUCUGGCAGCAGGGGCCAUCUUGAUUAUUACCAUAUAUAUGUCUCUUCCUUUUUUAAAUUUGAAAGCUGAACACUAUGCCAGCAAGAUGUGCUACCCCUCCCUACAAUGAAAUGAAAGACAGCAGAGUUGAACAUGGGCGUAGCCAGGGGAGGCAGGGAUGGGCAGUUCCCCCCCAAAUAUAUAUAAAAAAACCAAAAAAAAAAUACAUAGUAAACUGAGGUUCUGGCCCCCAACAAAAGGCCUGGCUAUGCCCAUGGAGCUGAACUCUGUAACACUCUUUAGUUUACCCUGCUGUCUUUUUUUCUGUUCAGAGGCAAGUAUGCACUGCUCUGAAAACUUGGGGGGGUGGGGAUGAUUAUUGUAAAACUGUCCACUAAAGAGAGGUCAUGAAUGUAGCCUCUUAUACAGUGGUACCUCAGGUUAAGAACUUAAUUCGUUCUGUAGGUCCGUUCUUAACCUGAAACUGUUAUUAACCUGAGGAACCACUUUAGCUAAUGGGGCCUCCCGCUGCCGCCGCUGUGCGAUUUCUGUUCUCAUCCUGAAGCAAAGUUCUUAACCCGAGGUACUAUUUCUGGGUUAGCAGAGCCUGUAACCUGAAGCGUCUGUAACCUGAAGCGUCUGUAACCCGAGGUACCACUGUAUAGCUAGUAGUACAAAUACAGUGGUACCUCAUGUUACUUACCGUCCCCCUUACAAAUGCUGUGGGUUACGCAAUGUGGGUUACGCAACAAGUAGAUGCCCCUUGUUGUGACCUUUGCCCCGGGAUGUGAGCAGAAGUUGUGCUCCGUCGGCAUGGCAGCAGCAGGAGGCACCAUUAGCGAAUGCACGCCUCAUGUUACGAGCGGUUUCCUGUUACGGAUGGACCUCCAGAACGGAUUAAGUACGUAACACGAGGUACCACUGUACAGCAGACGACAUAAUUGCCCAUCAGCUAACAUCAUAAUUGUAUCACUGCAGGCCCUAAAAAAUUGAGUACAUUUAUCACAUGCUGCCAAUAGCUGCGGAUGCCGUGUAAAUGAAGCUUUGUCUGAAAUUACAGCUGCCUCUCUUCGUAUUUGAUACCAUAACUAUUUGUGCUAAGAAUGACUUGCUUUGUUAAUUUUCAACAGCUUUGCAAGUAGGGAGAAUGAAAGCCCUGCAGAAGAAGGCAAACACUUCCAUGUAAAAGUGCACUGACUUGCAUGACCCCAUCCUUUGCAGCCUGUUGACUCCAAGGCCGACUGUUGAAAGUGGCUCAGGUUGGGAUGUACAAAAACACCGCAGGAUCUUCAUAUGAGCUUUCUUUUGCUGUCUUCCAGCUUCUGGAACUAGAAGUUGGCUAAGUCAUUGUGGGAAAGAGGAGCAUCUACAUUGUGGGGAUAGCUUAAUCAUCAUUGCCACAUGAGGUUGAGGCACUGGUAGCAUGCAAUCAGAGCUUCAUAGAAAAGCAGACUAUCGAAGUCAGAUUAGAGUGUGGAAUUUAGUGGGUUAUAUCCAGUGUUCAUUGUGAGUUUUAAUGUUCCACAACAGAGGAAUACAGCAGGUGUGCUAGCAGGAACUGGUCUUCCAACAGAUUCUGCAAGCUGUUGCACAAAGUCAGCAACAACCAGCUUAUGCUUUUUCUCUAUUUUUGUGCACAGAAUUCUGCUGGUGGAGAACAUUUCACCAGUGGAACAAGUAUACCUCUGCAUGACUUCAGCUUGUAGCUACAUUGCACACAACCUUUUAUGUGUUUGUACCUCACACUUUAGCCAGCAACAGUACCAUUUACUAUUGUAUUGUGCCUAGAAAUGGAAUUAGUUUCCACUAGAAAACAAAUACGUCUAUCAAUGUCUUAAUAUAAUGAAGGGCAUUCAUUUUCAGGUUACUGGCAGGGGCUGGUUCUUGAAUAUUACAUUUUAUUAUUUAUUUAUUUUGCAUAAAUUUCCAGUCUUCAGCAGCGUAUGCCUGAAAAAACUCAGAUGUUAAAUGCUGCAUUAGUUCAGUUCUGAGCUGCAUUUGUUUAUUUAUUAAAUUUAUAUCCCCACCCUUCCUCCCAAAGGAGCCCAGAAUGGAUUCAAAGCUAUUCUUAAGCAGUACAGUGGUACCUCGGUUUACAAACACAAUUGGUUCCGGAAGUCUGUACUUAACCUGAAGCGUACUUAACCUGAAGUGAACUUUCCCAUUGAAAGUAACGGAAAGUGGAUUAAUCUGUUUCAGACAGGUCCACAGAGUACUUAAACUGAAAAUACUCAAACCGAGGCGUACUUAAACCGAGGUAUGACUGUAUACUGUAUUUCUUUUGCCAAAUUCUAAUUCUUUUAGUUUGUGUUUGGAUACCAGUGAAACAAAUGUAUCUUUGUCAGAUUAGCAGUGUUUUUUGGCGGUGCGGGGGCAGGUUGCCUGUAGGAGUCUUUUUGUAUUGCUGUUCAGACUUCUGCAGAAAGGAGUAUAAUUUGUAUGUGGUUAUACAGUAUCUGCCUAAACAUUAUGGGUCCUUUGGACUAAAAACUAUAUGUACUCAGCCCAUGUUCUGCACAUCAAAAACAAUUGCAACUCAAAAAUAGAAUAGGUUUCCCCCUUGGUUGAAAGUGCCAGGUAUGGAAAGUAAAUAUGUCUUGCGUUCCCAUUUCAUCUCUGGGUUUCAAAUGUUACUGCAGCAACAUGGGAAGCUAACAGAAGGGAGUAGCAACCAUGCCUUUCUUCUAAUGCAACGUUUGGGUCUGAGGAUCGCAGGAUUCAUAAACUAAUUUUUAAAAUACUUAAACUGGCCACAGCACAUGAAUCAGAUACUUUUACGAAGUCUGUUCGCCAACACAAUGAGACUCACACAGAACAUCCCUCUGGACUUAAUUUACCCUUUGUUUUAUAAUGCUUUCUUGCGCAUUGAUAGGAAGUAAGGAAUAAGUCAUACAUUCCAUUGGUUCUAAUGUGGAAGAUGUUUCCACGUCAUUGUACUUUAGUCCCAAAGAUUUUCCAUAAUUGAUGGCUCAUCUUAAGCACAAGAACUAUAACCAAACAGAAAAAUCUUCCUGUUUUACUAUUUUAUAAAAUUAAAAUUAAAAAAUACGGUAACUUUUUAUUGUAGUUCCUGAUCUGCUUUGCCUUCAUAUUUCUAGCACUUCUGUUUGAAACAUGGUCCAGUUUUGAACAAGUCCAUCAAAAAGUGAGCAAAUAGUUUGGAGAAGCUGGCCCAGCCUGCUCUCAAUAGGAAGCCAUAUUAUCCCACCCCGCCCCCUUUUCCCUUUCCAUGUUAUUCUAAUUGCUUUAUUUGCUUUCCUACCACCUUGAGAGAUUGUCAUACAGAUGGGGGAGUAAUAUUUCAUGCCCAGUAAGCCUGUACUGGGAUUUGGAAGCAUUUGAAUUCAGCUAAGGGGAAUUGCCACAAAUCUCUGCUGUCCUCUUCCCUGAGUCCUGUGUAUAUGCUAGAAGACGGGAGUGGGUCAGAGUCUAUCCCUUCAACUAAGCAAAGAAUGAGAGCAUAUUAUAGCUUGGGAGUGGGGGAGCUUCUUGUGUUUUGUUGGGGUUAGGCGGACUGUCACCAGGAAAUAAUUUUGUAGUGACCCGGAAAGGACAUUUGUGGAAAUCUGUUCUGACCACAUCCAUCAAGGAUUGCCCUCAUUGCGCUUUUGAUCUCCCACCCAGCCUGCUUGUGUAGGAGAGCGAUCUCACUGGAAAAUUGUGAAAGGCUUCCUUGAGCCAGACGUAUUACAGAUAGAAUGAAAAAGUUCAAGAGGAGACUUUCCCUAACGUUGCGUGGGAGCCAGACGAUUGAUGAGUCACUUUCUGAACUGGCCGAACAAAUGACUAUUGAAGAAAACAGCAGUAAAGAUAACGAGCCUAUUGUGAAGAAUGGCAGACCUCCAACAUCCCAUAGUAUGCACUCGUUCCUUCACCAGUACACGGGAUCCUUCAAAAAGCCUCCGCUACGAAGACCACACAGUGUUAUUGGUGGCAGCCUUGGCUCGUUCAUGGCAAUGCCAAGGAAUGGAAGCAGAUUAGAUAUUGUACAUGAAAAUCUGAAAAUGGGGUCAGAUGGUGAAAGUGAUCAAGCUUCCGGAACGUCGUCUGAUGAAGUCCAAUCCCCUACAGGUGUUUGCCUCAGAAACCGGAUACACAGAAGGAUUUCCAUGGAGGACCUGAACAAACGUUUGUCACUACCUGCAGACAUCAGGAUACCAGAUGGAUAUCUUGAAAAGCUACAGAUAAACAGUCCACCGUUUGAUCAACCAAUGAGCAGAAGAUCUCGCAGAGCAUCCUUGUCUGAAAUCGGAUUUGGAAAAAUGGAAACUUACAUAAAAUUGGAAAAGCUUGGUGAGGGCACCUAUGCAACUGUAUAUAAGGGAAGAAGUAAGCUGACUGAAAACUUGGUAGCUUUGAAAGAAAUCAGAUUAGAACACGAAGAGGGGGCACCGUGCACAGCCAUUAGAGAAGUGUCAUUGUUAAAAGAUCUAAAACAUGCAAAUAUCGUUACGCUACAUGAUAUUGUUCAUACAGACAAAUCGUUAACUCUGGUCUUUGAGUACCUGGACAAAGAUUUAAAACAGUAUAUGGAUGAUUGUGGUAACAUUAUGAGUAUGCACAAUGUAAAGUUAUUUUUAUACCAGAUUCUACGUGGUUUGGCAUACUGUCACAGGAGAAAAGUGCUACAUCGAGAUCUGAAACCACAAAAUCUACUAAUUAAUGAAAGAGGAGAAUUAAAACUAGCAGACUUUGGUUUGGCUAGAGCAAAAUCUGUCCCUACGAAGACCUAUUCCAAUGAAGUUGUCACAUUAUGGUAUAGGCCGCCUGAUGUUCUCCUUGGAUCAUCCGAAUAUUCAACGCAAAUUGACAUGUGGGGAGUUGGAUGCAUAUUUUUUGAAAUGGCAUCUGGAAGACCUCUAUUUCCCGGGUCAACUGUUGAAGACGAAUUGCACUUAAUUUUCAGACUUCUAGGAACUCCAUCACAAGAAACGUGGCCAGGCAUUACUUCCAGUGAUGAAUUUAGGAACUACAACUUUCCCAAAUACAAGCCACAGCCUUUAAUCAACCAUGCUCCAAGGCUUGACUCAGAAGGAAUUGAACUGAUAGCAAGAUUUCUUCAAUAUGAAUCAAAGAAAAGGAUUUCAGCAGAAGAAGCUAUGAAGCAUGCGUAUUUUAGAAGUCUUGGAACAAGGAUACAUGCCCUGCCAGAAAGUGCGUCAAUAUUCACUCUGAAAGAGAUUCAGCUUCAGAAAGAUCCUGGCUUUCGAAACUCCACUUAUCCAGAGACGGGGCAUGGAAAGAACAGAAGGCAAAGCAUGCUCUUCUAGAAGUCGGCCACACAGUUUCCAAGCCCAAGGCUGCCUUGCACCUAUCGAGGACUCUGGCCUGAAGGCAGUUCCUUCCCUUGGUGGACUUGAAACCUUGUUUGUCUACACUGUCCUCCUCACAGUGCAGUCUUUUUAUUUCUGACCUGCUGGUUAUGUUUUUAUAUUUGUUGUCACAGUGUGACAAAUUUUUGUACAGUCAAUUUUACGGUCUCCUCUGCCAUUAGAGCCAGUAGGUUACAACUGUUAAUGUAACAGUAGCUGCAAUUUUUGUGCAGGACUGAGAAACACAGUGCAUUAUUUAUUGCGGAAUCAUUGCUGCUAAAUAACUACUGUCUGUAUAGUUAACAAACAAUUGAACGCCUGCAGAAAUUGCAGCGGCUUUAUAUAAUAUGUGAAUGCAUCUGUUUCUCCAUGAAUUAUUGCUGCAGUUUUAUAUCUUAUCUUUUCUCUUUUUUUAACUGCAAUGUUUCCUGGAAUGUAAACAAAGCUUUCUUGACUGUUAAAUAGGUAAAUUUGUCUUUUAAUGCUCUUAAAUUCAUGGCCC